UUAGUUCUUACUCAGUAGAAUAGAAAACACCGAUCAAUUGAGUUAUUUAUCGUCAUGAGGACCCGAAAUGCCGAUUCCUCUUCCAAAUCCACAACCCCAAAGAAGGCACCGCCGGCUAGAAAAGCCGCCGCAAAAUCCGCCGGAGAAUCCCCUGCAGCAAAGCGCAAUUCCACCGUCAAAACGAGGCAGAUCAAGAAGAAGGAGGCCUCUCCCGCUUCCAACUCGAUUCCCGAUCCCAAUCCCGAUGAGCCAAAUUCAGAUGAGGUUGUUACCACUACACCGUGUUCAAAGAGGAGGCCAGGGAGACCAAGAACUAAAGCAGUUGCCACACCUAAGCUGGAGGAAGAACUGAAGGCAGUGGCUGAUGAAACUCUAGUUGUGGAUAACUCUGGGGAUGUGGAGGAAGCGGAAAAGCCUCAAAAUGUUGAAGUUGUCGAUGCUGAUAAUAUCGAUCAUGAGAAAGAGGAGCACCAGGAACAAGUUGUUGAAUGUGUUGGACAAUCUGAAGAGAAGGAACAAAAGUCUAUGGAAGUGGAUGAAACUGUGAACGGAAACAAUGCAGUGGAGGCUGAAGCGACUGCUUCUCAGGAUGCCACUAUGUCUUCCAUACAACCUGAGCGAACUCUUGUGGACCUAAAUAUAUCGGUGAAUGAAGAUGAUUCUAUGUGUCAAAAGGAGGGAGAGAAAGAAGACGAAGAGUUGAAUGAAAGGGACGGUCAGGAAGAGUUGAAGGAUCAGGAACAAGAGAAAGGAGAUGUAGAGUUGAAAGAACAAGAGGGAGAGAAAGGAGGGGAGGAGCUGAAGGAACAGGAGGCAGUGAAUGUAAAGGAAGAACUGAAAGAAGAGGAUGGAGAUAAAGGAAAGGAAGAAGUCAAAGAUGAGGAAGGAGAAACAGCAAAGGAAGAAACAAAGGAAGAGGAAACAAACAUUACUGGACACAAAGAAUGUUCUAAUACUGAUAGUGCAGUAAUGAAAGACCAGUCGAAGGAAGAUUUUAAUACUAGAAUAGUUGGUGAUGAAGUGACAGAGAGCAGUGAAAGGCUGGAUUUUGAAGAACAUGGUGGGGAGGAUAUUGAGGAAGAUCCUGAGGAAGGUCCAUGGGAACCUCCUGAAGAAAAUGAGGCGCUCCAAGAGGAGCAUAGGGAAUUGGAGGCCAUUGCAAACCAGCGAAAGAGUAACAAAGAACAUGAGAUAUUUGUUGGAGGGCUUGACCGUGAUGCUACAGAGGAAGAUCUGAGAAAAGUUUUUAAGAGGAUUGGGGAGGUAGUUGGUGUCAGGUUGCAUAAGAAUUCAUCAACAAAUAAAAAUAAGGGCUAUGCAUUUGUGAGGUUUGCUAAUAAGGAACAUGCUAAGAGAGCAUUGUCAGAAAUGAAGAACCCAGUUAUACGUGGUAAAAGAUGUGGGACUGCACCCAGUGAGGAUAACAACACAUUAUUCUUGGGAAAUAUUUGCAAUACGUGGACGAAAGAAGCUAUUAAACAGAAGUUGAAGGAUUAUGGUAUUGAUGGGGUUGAAAACAUUACACUUGUGCUAGAUGCUAAAUGUGAAGGAUUGAGCCGUGGCUUUGCAUUCCUUGAGUUUUCUAGUCAUGGUGAUGCAAUGCUUGCGUACAAGAGGCUUCAAAAGCCUGACGCGAUCUUUGGGCAUCCUGAGAGAAGUGCCAAGGUAGCCUUUGCUGAGCCUAUGCGUGAACCAGACCCAGAGAUAAUGGCACAGGUUAAAUCUGUGUUUAUUAAUGGUCUUCCUCCUCACUGGGAAGAAGAUCACAUCAGGGAGAUGCUUAAAUCUUAUGGUGAAAUUGUAAGAAUUGUACUGGCAAGGAAUAUAUCUACAGCCAAGAGGAAGGAUUAUGGAUUUGUUGAUUUCUCAACACAUGAAGCUGCUGCUGCAUGUGUUGAAGCUGUAAAUAAGUCUGAAUUGGGUGAUGGGGCAUCAAAGAUAAAAGUGAGAGCUAGGCUAUCAAAUCCGGUGCCUAAAACACAAGCUGUAAAAGGUGGCAUUUGUGGUGGGUUCCGAAUAGGUCAUGGAAGGAGUGGAGCCUUUGCAAGAUCUGGAAGGGGUUAUGGACGGGGAAGGCAGCCCUUCAACAGCUGGGGAAAUAUUAACAGGGGUAGGGGUGUCUAUCAUGGUGGACCCAGGCAAAUAGGGAGAAUGGAUUUCCGGGAUGACCUUGACUUUAAUAUGUAUCCAGAUUACCAUCAUAGGCAAUUUGGUCCUGAAGGAGCUAUGAGGGGUGGACAUUACCCAAGUAACAGAGGUGCUGCAUUUGCUGGUCCUGGUCCACCUAGACCUUAUCAUGAUAGAGCAUGGGGUAACAUCCCUGCAGAAGGCCCGAGUGAGCCUUUUCCUUUAAGGAGGCCAUAUUCCCCAGGCGGACAGUUCAACAGGCCAUUUUCACCGGGUGGACAGUUCAACAGGCCAUUUAUGGGAAGGCAUUUUGAUGAUCCGUAUUUUUAUGAUGACAAUGUGCAUGGGAUGAAACGCCCAUUUUAUAUGACUGACCCUGAACCUGAUUAUAUGGGAGCUAAUAGACUUCGCCCACGAUUGGAUUAUGCAGAUCCAUCUUUAUUUCACGAAAACCGUCACAAUGAUUCUUAUGGAGCUGGCAGCAGACAGUACCCUCCUGAUUAUUAUGGUUCUGAUUAUGGUAGAGGGCCAUAUUCGUCUUUUUAUGGAGGUGAUAGCUCACACGGGCAUGGAUACUACUAUUAGUAUGAAGAACCAUUGGUGGAUCUUGAUUGUGAGAUGGACAUCUUCAACUCUGAGGAUGCAGCUUGAGCAUACAAUUUUGAAGUUGCAUAUUUAUUUAGUUCUGCUUUUAUUAAUUGGUUCCCUUUAUAUCUAUCUAUAUAUCUAUAUAUGUAUAUAUAUCGUUACCUGAUAGGUGGCAUAGACUAAGUGAUUUAACGUGUCUGGGGUAGGUUAAAUCUCAAAUCUUGGAAUAAGGAUUGGUAUGGUUGUGUGGACUGGACUAGAUAUCCAUAGUUUACAAAGGUAUGAUGACAUUGAGGAUGCAUUUGAGGAUUCCUUGUUGAGUGACCAACAUAUUAUGAUUCAUCAAGUUGAUUGUAACACAAAAUAUUCCUUAUAGGAGUAUGGGAUACAAAAUAUUUCAGGUGAUGGAUUUAUCAUUUUAUAAA